AUGCUUGUCAAUUCGGACCAGGACACCAUCAACGCACUGACUUCCAGCUGGGUAUGGACGCCAGACUGGUGCGACUCAACCUUGGCCUCGUCGUCCACAUCGAAUGAGGUAGAGGAUUCAAACACUGCUGGUCGCAUCGUGCGGUUCACCCGCUCGGUCCAUCUCCCAGCCACUGACUCUUCCUCAACUGUGACAAGCAAAGUCUCAUCUGCCAUCCUGCACUUCUCGGCCGACACUCGAUACAAGCUUUAUGUCAACAGUAAGCGUGUGGCUGUGGGCCCGGCGCGCAGUAGCCCGUGGAUCUGGUACUAUGACACUCUCGAUAUUGCACCGUACUUACACCCGGGUGACAAUCAAAUUGUCUUCCUGGUGUUGCGUUAUUUCGUGACCCUGCGCGGGGCCAUGCCCUUUGCGCGGACGCCCUUUCCUGGUCUGACAGUCGUGGGCAACAUCGAGCAUGGCGGCAACGCUAUCGAUAUCAGUGAGCGCAUUUCUCCCAAGCCACUGGGCAGUGAACUGACACCCGUCGGUUAUGAACUACGAACGGCCAAUGGCGAGCUGGCACCGUGGCGAUUGCGCCCGCGUCCCAUUGCCAUCCCGGAAGAAACACAUGUAGCUGUGGAAACGAUCCGAAAAUGUGACAGUACGGUCAAACUCGACAAAUGGUCAGCCUACUUCUCGGGCCAGUCAUCGUUAACCCUAUCGGCGGGCUCGCAACACACGCUUGAAGUCCAAGCUGAUGUCCACUCCACUGCAUUUCUCCAGUGGACAUUCCGCGCUGUCACGGAUCCCUCCAAGCAAUCGUUUACCGCAGAGCGACCCCGGAUCCACUUGAAAAUCAUGUACUCGGAGGGCUACGAGAAUGAGCCGCGUAACUACCCUUUCUUCAGAUCAAAGUCCGACCGACUCGAUGCUGAGAAUGGUUACAUCAUUGGCCCUUUCGAUGAAGUCACCCUGGAUCUCCCGACUGACGGAAGCAACGUCUCGUAUGAGCCCUUUUGGUUCCGCACCCUCCGCAUCAUGCGCUUCCAUGUCUCCAUCACAGGUCCGGCGCCCGUUGAACUUAUCUCUUUUGGGGCUACACAAGUCAACUAUCCAAUGGGCAUCAAGGCCAGCUGGAUCAAUCCCAAUGAUGCAGACAGUGCCGCGAUGUGGGACGUGUCCAUUCGUACGCUUCGCAACUGCAUGUUUGACGGCUAUGUCGACUGUCCAUUCUAUGAACAACUGCAGUACUCAGGCGAUUCACGGUCGGUUGGUCUGUUCCACUACUUGCUGUCAGGUGACGACCAGCUCAUGCGGCAAGCCAUUUCCAGCUUCGGGGCCUCUGUGCUUUCCGAGGGACUGACACAGUCCCGGUUCCCGUCGCACGUGCCGCAGAUCAUCGCCGGUUUUCCGCUAUACUGGGUGAUGCAAGUCUGCGAUCACCAUCUGUACUUUGGUGAUUCGGCAUUUUCACGUUCUUUUCUGCCCCGUAUUGACGGCGUACUUGACUUCUUCGCCCAGCACGUCGACACGAGAGGCCUCGUGUCCCGUCUUCCCAGCGACGUGUGGCAGUAUGUCGAUUGGGUGACGACAUGGGGUGCUACAGACGACCACCCGGACAAAGGCGUCCCGACGGCAGGCCGUUCUACCAACUGUCACACGUUCUUCAGCAUGCUAUAUGCCGUCGUCUUGCGGCAGGCGGCUCGUCUUGCUCGGGAUGUAGGCCGCCCUGGUCACGCCGACGAAUACGAAUCGCGUGCCGAUAGUCUCGUCACUGCUGUCAAGGACCAUUGUUACGACGGUCGUUUUUUCGCCGACACGACCGUGGACGUUCUUCCCGAAGGUGAAAGUGGCCACGGUAGCCCAACCGCCUACUCGCAGCACUGUCAAGUAUUUGCCGUACUUUGUGGCGCCUGUGGCGAAAGCGACCGCGAACGGCUACUGACAGAGGCCUUCUCGGCCGAUACUGGCCGUUUUUCCAAGUGCAGUUAUGUCAUGCAGUUCUACGCGCUGCGCGCAUUUUCCCUGGCGGGUGACGAGGCAUACGAAACGUUUCUGUGGCCACGUGUAUGGCAGCCGUGGCGGAAGAUGCUGGCCAACAACUUGUCCACCUGGGAAGAAGAUGACGUGCGCCAGAGGUCCGACUGUCACGCUUGGGGCAGCGUACCGAUUUACGAGUACUGUACGGAGCUAGCAGGUGUACGGCCCAUCGGAGCAGGGGCCAACAAAGUUUUGUUCAAACCGCGUCUCCGGUUGACCGACAGACUUGAUGCAAAAGUCUGCCUGGGCUCCAGCAAUGUCGCCAGUGUGGCAUGGUAUGUCACUGGGGACGGACUUGAGGGGGAAAGCAGUGCGAAGCAAGGCGCCACGGCUAGAAAUAAAUUCUACACUGUUGCGCUGCAGCUGGAAAAACCAGCCAUGGUUGUCAGUGUCCUCCCAGGAGGCCGUGAAAUCGAUCAUGGCUUGGUAGCCCGCGUUGCGCUUACAUGGCGCCCUGAGUAG